AUGUCAAGCGUGAACCAGCCCCUCCUUCAGACAAUCGAGCCCGAUGAGGUAGAGCAGCCUCUCGCUGUCAAUGCCCCGACGACCCCCAGACCUCUUGCUGGUGCCCGCGCACCCAGCCAACAAAUGGCGACUAAUCCGGGAGAUGCAGAGUCGGGAAUAGCAGGUAUCUUCCGACAAUCAGCUCACCCCGUCGUCCUCUUCUUCCUCUACCUUUUCCGAAUAGCAGCCAUAGCAGUGUAUCUGUUGUGUGGCUUCUUCACCAAAGAAUUUGUCGUCUCGACGGUUCUCGUCGUAGUCCUACUUGCCAUGGAUUUCUGGAAUUGCAGGAAUGUUGCAGGGCGUAUCUUGGUGGGCCUCCGAUACUGGAACCAGGUCGACGAGGAUGGGGAGAGUUACUGGGUCUUCGAAAGCCGCGACCCAUCUCGCCCUGCAAACCCCAUUGAUUCCAAGAUGUUUUGGAUCGCUCUAUAUGCGUUCCCCCUGCUAUGGCUGGCAUUGUUAAUCGUAUCAUUCUUGAAGUUCAACCUCUCAUUUAUUCCCAUUGUCUUGCUUGCGUUGAUCUUCAACGUGAGCAAUGCGGUCGGUUUCACCUACGCUGACCGCGAUUCGAAGGAAAGGUGGGCAAAGGCUUCGUCCGCCUGGAACAUUGGUAUGGGUGGCAUUGGAGGGCAGCUGCUCGGCGGCGUAGUGAAGAACAGCGUCGGGCGGAUAUUCAAGUAG